UUCAAUCAAACUUUAAUACUGUAUAUAUAAAAAAACGAUUAUAACAUCGGGACAUAGUUUUUUCCCCCGGACUUUAGGAAUGUUGAACCGAGUAGAAAAAAUGGUUCUGAUGAGAGACGCCAUUUUUUUUUUACAUAUGUAAGGCCUAUUAAGAAAUUCGAUUCUCGAAAAGGGGGGGGAUACAUAUCUGUUUAAAUUUGGUGCUGUAGACCAGAGGGGCCGGAAACACUCGAGCCAGGCUAAACAAAGGUCAGGGUGUUCUGUAUCGCUACAGUAACCACAAGAUGGAACGUGUAAGAUGGAGGAGCCUCUUAAGUUUAAUUCUAGUAACAAAAAUAAUUGAAAGUCAAGGAUCAAAUAGCCUCAAUGAGAAUCCAACAUGUGAUGUUAGAAUUGCAGAUUUGAUAGGAAGGCUUAAAAAUUCUCAAUAUAAAAUCUCUGAAUUGAAGGAACAGAAUAGCGUAUUCAAUAAUUUCAUCAAUCGUCUGAAAGAACGUUGCAUUUGUCUGCCUCACUGCUUAUACAAUAAUAGUAUUUAUCAAGAUGGUGAGAUGUGGAAUCCUCAUCCUUGUCAAAUUUGUCAAUGUCAGUUAGGAAAAGUCAAAUGUGAACAGUUACUAAUGCCAGGUUGUCAUGACCCAUGCAUUCCUAAUCCAUGUCAGAAUGGAGGAUUAUGCCACCAGAAAGGAGACUAUACAGAUUUUAUCUGCCGAUGUCCAGCUACUUAUGUUGGUCAAUUCUGUCAGUUUAAUAUCAAUUUUUGUAUUUAUUCAAAGAGAUAUGGGGAUUGCCAUGAAAAUAGAAUAAUGUGGUAUUUUAAUAGAUUUACACAGAGAUGUGAGGAAUAUGUAUAUUCAGGAUGUGGAGCAUCUCCGAAUAGUUUUGCAAGUUCAACCGAAUGUGAAAAAAGAUGCAUAUUUGGCUUAUGCUGUUUUCAAAUUUCAAAUAAUCCUAAAAUUACAGAUCUUACUUGCAAAGAGGAAUCAAUAUCUGAAUGUCAAAAAUUACAUUAUAAUAAAACUUAUGAAGUAGUUGCAUUUCAUCCUGGAAUAACUUGUGCACAGGAAAAAUGUUUAAUGGUAGAAAAAGGUGGAUGUCAAAUUGGAAAUAAUUUUUAUUUAAAAAAUACUGAUUUUGAUCUGGGUUGUGAAAAAUGUCAUUGUAAUAGUUAUGGAGCAGUGUUUUGCAGUUGUAAAAACAUAGCAAUUAGAAAAGAGAUAAGAGAUUUAACUUUUAAGGAAAUUCAACUCUUCCAAAUUGCAAUUAAAGAAAUGAAUGAUGAAUGGAAUCAAUUUGUUGAGAUGUACAGUUCAUAUAUAAUGCACUUUUACAACAAUAAUUAUUUUUUAUUAUGGAAUAGAUUAUUUUUGAAGCAUGUAGAAAAACAUCUUCAGAAUUAUGCUUGCCAUUUGACAAUACCAUACUUUGAUUUUACUACAGAUGUGGGAAAUUUUUCAGAUUCUUUUAUUUGGCAACCAAAUUAUUUUGGUGGAAAUGGUGAAGGUGAUGAACACUGUGUUCCUGAUCAUCCCUUUCAUAAAAAGGAUUUUAAUACAAAACAAUGUUGUCUUCAAAGGAAAUUUAAUCCAAGCAUUCAGAUUCCAAAUAUGAUAGAAGUAGAAAUAGCAUUAAGAAAUGAUAAUUUUAUAAAAUUUAAUAUGGCUAUGAAGAAUCUAGUUGGAUACAUUCAUAAUUUUAUUGGUGGAACUAUGACUACAUUAGAUGCUCCAAGUGAUCCAGUUUUUUAUAUCUUACAUGCUUACAUUGAUAUGUUGUUUUGGAAAUGGGAAAGUUUGCAUAAAUAUAAAAAAAAUUUGAAUAUAAAUUUUGACAGAUUAAUUUUUCCCUUUAACAUAUCUUUGGGAACAAUAUUUGACUCUAAACAGAACCUAUGUGUAAGUUAUGCUUUGCCUUCUAAAGGUCAUCCUUGCAAUUAUACAGAUGAACAUGAUUUUGCCCUUGAUGGAUAUAACUCCAAAGGAUUUGAUAGACAAGGAUUUGAUAGGGAUGGCUAUGAUAAUGAAGGAUACAAUAUAUUAGGCUACAACAGGUUUGGUCAAUAUGAUACAAGAAAUAUUUUUAUUUAUAAUGGAUACAAUAAAGAAGGAUAUGACAGAGCUGGAUAUGAUCGUAGAGGUUAUAACAAAUAUGGAUUUCAUAAAAGUAGUUAUAAUCGAGAAUGUUAUGACAUAAAAGGAUAUGAUUGUGAAGGUUUUGAUCGUUAUGGAUUUAAUUAUAAAGGUUAUUGGAAAAAUAGCAUUGACCAUCACAUUGAAAAAAAUCAAACAGAUUAUGGUGACUGUCUUAAAUCUGGUGAAAUGUCUGAAGAAGGAUUUGAUCAAUAUGGAUAUAAUAAAAAAGGAUUAGAUAAGAAUGGAUGUAGCUAUGGAAGAAAUGGACCAUUUGUUUUGAUUCAAGCAAGUAAGAUUAGAAAUAUAAUUGAAAAACAAACUGAGGAAUUUUUGAGCAGCAUUUCUAGAACUUGCCACAAAGUGCAGUCUAUGCCAGAAAAUUGGAAAUUGCUUAUAUGGAACAUUGAAGAUGAUAUUAAUCUAUCAAAUACAAGAGAAAAUGGUUUUACAAAAUCUAUAUGGUCAGAACGAUUUUGUUUUGAUACUGAUGUGUUCUUGUCUGAAUGUCCUUGCAAAACCGAAUUGAUAUCAACUUGUGAUAAUUCAGUUAUUUCAUUUAAUUGUGAACAUUAUCCAGAAGCACAGUAUUUCUUUGAUUUUUGUGAAAAAUGCAAUAUUUAUUGGUAUUUAGAAGACAAACUCGUAGAUUGCAGUAUUUCUCCAGAUUAUUGUCAGCCUAAUCCUUGUCAUAAUGGUGGAAUUUGUAUGUCUUCAAUCUGGCCGACAGAACCUCAACUUGUUACUUGUCAGUGCCCUUUGGGAUUUGAAGGACCUUUUUGUGAGCAUUCAACAAUACAAAUGUGUUAUUUGCCUCUAGAUCAUGGAAAAAAUAUUUGUGGACAAAAACAAGAACGUUGGUAUUUUAAUUUACAAACUGGAAACUGCGAACGUUUUCUUUAUAAUGGAUGCUCUGGUAAUAGCAAUAAUUUUGAUUCUUUUUAUAAAUGCAGAAUUACUUGUAUAAUAGGAGCUUGUUGCUGGAGGGAGCCAUUGCAUCCUGAAAGAAACUAUGGUUAUAAUAAGGAUAACUAUGAUAGAUAUGGGUUCAACACACAAGGAUUUAACAGAAAAGGUGAAAUACAAAGUGUUAAUUAUUCCUUUGGUGGAAUUUUUGGAUUGUAUAACUAUGAUGGAUAUGAUCAUGAAGGUUAUGAUCAGUAUGGUUUUAAUCAGUUAGGAGUAAAUCGUCUCAGCUACAAUCGACAAGGUUUUCACACUGUUUCAGGUUUCAACUUAACAGGUUAUAACAUUUUUGGAGAUCAUGAUGGAAUUAUUGAUUAUGAUGAAGAGAAUGGCUUAGAUGAAAGUGGUUAUGAUCGUGCAGGUUAUAACUGUUAUGGAUAUAAUCAUGAAGGCUGGGAUAGAUUUGGAUUAUGUGCUGGAUGGACAUAUUCUUGUCAAGCUAUGUCAUUAUAUGAUUGUCAAAAGGCAGAACAAGAAUUUCCUCAAUUAAAAAGAACUAUUGUAAAAUUUAGUCCAGGAAAGAAAUGUGAGGAAAUAAACUGCAAGGAUCAAUGUGGAUGUAAUUUUUUGGACAAAUCUUAUAAAAUUGGAGAAACAUUUUGGUUAGGUUGUUCUUUAUGUGAAUGCCAACAGUAUGGUAGCAUAGUAUGUCCUUGUUCGAAAACUAAUAACAGAAAGGAAAUUAGAGAUAUGACUCAAUAUGAGAUGCAACGUUACCAACAAGCAAUUAAGCAUCUCCAGUUUUCAAAUAAUCGACCAUCAAAAUGGCAACAAUUUGCAAUUUUAUAUUCCCAGCACUUUGGUCAGUUACAUGGUACACCACAGUUUCUUCCUUGGCACAGAUUCUUUUUGAGAUUAGUUGAAAUGGAACUACAGAAAUUUGACUGUAAUGUCACUAUUCCAUACUUUGAUUGGACAAUUGACACAGGAAAUUUAGAAUCUUCCAUUGUAUGGCAGGUUAAUUAUUUUGGUGGUAAUGGAGAUAGUGAAAGCAAAUGUAUUCGUUAUCAUCCAUUUAAAGAACAUUACCCUCCUUAUUGGACUCCAUGCCUUCGAAGACAGUUUAAUAAUUCUAUAUAUCUUCCAGAUGCUAUCAACUUACAAUAUAUAAUUAGUCAUGAAAGGUAUGAAGAUUUCAGAAUAAAUUUAGAAGCAUCGAGUAGUCUCUUUCAUCUUUUUGUCGGAGGACAUAUGUCUACACCUGAAGCUCCUUAUGAUCCAAUCUUUCUGUCUCAUUAUGCAUUUAUUGAUAGAAUUUGGGAUAUUUGGAAAACUUAUAAACAUAAUGGUGUGCCACAAUAUCCAUCUUUGCUUAGAUAUAUCCCAAUGGCACCAUUUGGCAUAACACCAGAUGAUGUAUUACUUAAUGAAAAGCAAAUAUGUGUUCACUAUCUUAAACCAACUAAAGGAGCACCUUGCAAUGAUUCUGAAAUAUUUAAAUUUUAUAAUAAUUCUAAGGAAAUUGUUAAAGAAGGAAUAUUUGAUAAAUUUGGUUAUGAUAAAGAAGGCUAUAGACAGAGUGGAUUUGAUAUGCUUGGUUGGAAUAGACAAGGCUAUCAUAAAGAUACAUACAAUCGUGAUGGUUUCAACAUUUUAGGUUAUGAUAGAAAUGGAUUCAAUCGUUUUGGAUUGGAUAGAGAUGGAUGUACAGUGCAUGGAGACUGUAUCAAUAAUGUCAUGAAUGCCUCAAUAUAUGACAAAUAUGGAUAUAAUAUAUUUGGAUUUGAUCGAGAAGGUUAUGAUGCUUAUGGAUUUAAUAUAUAUGGAUAUGACAAAAACAAUUGUUCUUUUUUCUAUAACGGUCCAUUUUAUUAUUUAUUUAAAAGUUGGGUAGAUGAACAGAUUUAUGAUCCUACAAAAAGUUUAAUAAAUAUUAAAAGACUUUGUCCACAAAUUUCAUCAUUACCAGAUUGGUGGCUAAUUAUGUUAUGGUUUGAAAGAAACAAUCAAAUUGAUUCCAUAAGAAAUUUUGAGGAAACAAUGAUAAUUCAUCAUCCAGUAGAUGAUCUUAGUGAUUAUGAGAUAAAUUUGCCAACUGACUCGUCUGAUGAAAGAUUUUGUUUUGAAUUAAACAUUAAAUCUGGAUGCAGCUUAGGUGUUGCUAUUCUGAAUUGUGAUGAUAUAUGUUUAUCUCAUUCUUGUUCAAAUUUUCCAAAUACAGAAUGCAUUCCGUAUAGAUGUGGUAUUUGUGAAGCUAGAUUUUACGAUAAAAGUACAGGAAGACAGACAAAUUGUUCCGAACAGAAUUGUAUUGAUGACAAAAAUGUCCUGCACAGAGAAAAUGAAAUUUGGAUACAUCAUCCAUGUCAUUUAUGUUCUUGUAAGAACAAAACAAUAACUUGUGAUAAAAUUCAAUGCCUUUCGGAUCUGAAAUGCACCCAUCCCAUUACCAUGAAAAAUCAAUGUUGUUCACGUUGUGAAGGUUGCUUCUACAGAAAUAAAAAUUAUAUGAAUGGUGCUAGAUUUAUUGAUCCUGCAGAUCCAUGUAUGGAGUGCACAUGUCAAAAUGGCAAUGUGUUAUGUGAAGAAAUCAAAUGCAAUCCAUUACUUUGGUGUAAUCUUGCAAAUAGAAUAGUUCCGAAGAAUUCAUGUUGUCCUAUAUGUGCUCAGUGUGAAGAAGAAAAUAACGGGUCCAGAUGGAAGGAAGAUAAAUGUCUCGAAUGCAUUUGUGAGAAUGGUGAAAUAUCAUGCAAAACAAAUGAUUGCCCAGAAUUUAAUUGCUCUCAUCCUAGAACAUCAAAUUGCUGUAAAAUUUGCAAUGAUUGCGAGUAUGAAGGGAUCAUUAUUAGAAAUCAAGAAAAGUUUGCUUUGGAUUCUUGCAACAGUUGUGUAUGCAAAGAUGGUAAUGUUAUCUGUCAAUCAAUUGCAUGUACUAUUCCUUUAUGCAGUCAGCAAAUAAUUCCAAAAAAUGAAUGUUGUCCAAUAUGUUUUUCUGGUUGUAAAUAUGAGGGAAAACAUUAUUAUAAUAAUCAAAUGUUUACUCCUAAAUAUAAUCCUUGUAUCACUUGUACUUGUCAGAAUGAAACUCUUCAUUGUCAAUCAAUAACUUGCAGUCCUGCACCUUGCAAAAAUGCAAGAAUACCUAAAGGAGAAUGUUGUCCAUCAGAAUGUCCCAGUAUAGAUUGCGAGAUUGAGAAUGUUGCAAUGUGCAGUUUAAUGAAACAUUGUGAAAAAUUAUGUACUCAUGGUAUUGUUCAACCUGGAAGAUGUUGUUCUCCUUGUACUGAUUGUUUAUAUGACAACAGAUUAGUGCCAAACAGUAUGAAAUUUGUGCCUAAUGAUAGCCCUUGUGAUAUCUGCCAGUGUAAUGAAGGAAAUAUCACAUGUUUUCCUUCUCAGAUUCAAUGUCAAGAUCUUCCAUGCAAAAUAACAGAACAGCUAGAAAACACAUGCUGUCCAAUUUGCAAAGGAUGUAUUGAUAAAAGUGGGCGUCAUUUGCAGCAUGGUAACAGAUGGAUGCAUCCUUCUGACUUUUGUCAAGUGUGUAGUUGUGAAGAGGGAAUUAUACGUUGCACUCGUAUGAUGUGUGACAUUCAAUGUACUCAUCCUAUUCAAAGAACAAAUCAAUGUUGUCCAGAUUGCAGUGGUUGUCAACACAAUGGAAAAAUCUACCCUAAUAAUGCAAUUAUAGAAUCAAAUAAUACCUGUGAACAUUGCAGAUGCUACAAAGGCAAUGUUGAAUGUGAAAGUAAACAAUGCCCAUUACUGACUUGUACUUCUCCAAUUACUGUAUCCAACGAAUGUUGUCCAGUUUGUCAAGAAUGCAUACAUUAUAAUAAAACAUAUAUGAAUGGAGAAUCUUUUGUUCCUGAUUAUGAUCCUUGUCAAAACUGUACUUGCAAAAAUGGAUAUGUCUCCUGUACACAAAAAAGUUGUCCACCAUUGUUUUGUCCAAAUCCUUUCAAGUUACCAAAUGAAUGUUGUGAACAAUGUCCAGAGUUAUGUAGCAUGAAAAAUAUCAAUUAUUUAGAGGGAGAAAGUUGGCUACAUCCAGAUGAUGAAUGUCAGCAGUGCCAGUGUUUGAAUUCACAAAUUCAUUGUCAUCCAAAACCGUGUCCAACUGUGCCAUGUUCUCAUCCAGCUGCUCCUUUUGGCACUUGUUGUCCUACCUGCGAUCACUGUGAAUUUGGACGUCGCUUAUAUAGAAAUGAUCAAGAGUUCAUUCAUGCUGAUGAUAUAUGUCAAAAAUGUAAAUGCCAGAAUGGAAGCGUGACUUGCCACAGCAUAAAAUGCGAUCCUUUAACUUGUGAAAUUCCAGUUUCGUAUCCCGAUAAAUGCUGUCCAAUUUGUCCUUCUGUUUCAGAAUGCUACUUGGGCGAAAAAACUUAUAAAUUUCAUGAAACAUUUCUAGAUCCUCGCAAUGCUUGCCAGGAAUGUAUCUGCAUGGAAGAUGGAGAAGUUAUUUGUUAUCAUAUACCCUGUCCAGCCAUUAAUUGCCCGAAUCCUAUAUUAGAAUUAUGUUGCGAAAGCUGUAAUGGAUGCUCUUUUGCUAACAAUAGUUUUCCAAAUCAAAAGUCAUUUGUAGAUCCUCUAGAUGAUUGUCGGAACUGUUUUUGUAAUAACGGGCACGUAACCUGCCACCAUAGGCAGUGUGAACCUGUUAAUUGCAAAAACACAGUAAUUCAAGAAUGCUGCCCUAUUUGCAGUGGUUGUGUCUUUUUGGGGAAGGAAUAUAAUCACGGAGAGACAUUUAUCAAUCCUGAAAAUACUUGUGAAGAAUGUCUAUGUAUUGAAAAUGAUGUUAUGUGCCAGAAAAAAGUGUGUACGCAAAACUGCACUCAUCCAUUAUCAUUUGAAUGCUGCCCAAAAUGUGAUAAAUGCUUAUUUGACGGCGAUGUUUUAAGUAACGGAGAACAUUUCCAACCAAAUGUCUGUGAUGACUGUAUUUGUACCGAUGGAAAUGUUCAUUGUGUGACAGAAGAAUGUCCAGCACUGAAUUGCCUUCUUACUACUAAGCUUUUAGACCAAUGUUGUGAAGUAUGCAGAGGUUGCAUAUAUGAAGGAAAGGAAUAUGCUGACGGAGAGAAUUGGGUAUCGAUGAAUAAUCCAUGUCUACUUUGUCAAUGCCAAGGUGGAACUGUUACAUGCAGCGAGUUACACUGUCUCCUGCCCUGUAACAAUCCAAAACCUGUCGAAAAUGAGUGCUGUCCUGUUUGUCCAGAGUGCGAAUUAAAUGGAAGAUUCUAUCAAAAUGGUGAUGUUUUUACUCCAAAUGGAGAUCCUUGUGACACUUGCACCUGUGAAGACGGUCAGCUCCGCUGUAUAACUCGUCAGUGUCCUGUUCUCGUUGACUGUCCCAAAGAAGCAAUUGUGGAUCCUUCGCCGGGAAACUGUUGCCCCACCUGUGCCGGCCUCAGCACAAACUGUACGCGGGAGUAUUUUGGCACCAUAAUACAUCCGUCGAAUGAUCCCUGUUUUAUUUGCGAAUGUAGCGAAGAUUUUAAUUGGAUUUGUAUAAAGGAAACGUGUCCAAAAUUAAAUUGUCCUGAAGAAUAUAUUAUUCACAAAGAUGAAGAAUGUUGUCCUCAUUGUGAAGUUUGUCUUUCUGAAACCGAUGGCCAGUUGCAUCUUUCUGGAGAAAUCUGGGUUCCGGUAUUAGAACCUUGUUUGCAGUGUAAAUGUGAGAAUGGGGAAGAAAAAUGUAGGAAAAUAAAUUGUCCGGUUGUGUUCUGCAACCAGGAUGAAGUAUUGCAGAGAUUGUCUGGACAAUGCUGCGAAGUUUGUCUGCCGGCAAAAAGUUUAUCUUGCAAUUAUGGAAAUUCUGUAUUUUUAAAUGAAGAAAAAUGGCAGCCAGAUGUAUGUACAACUUGUGAAUGUAAGAUGGGAAAAGUUACUUGUCGCACGGAGAGAUGUCUACCAUUAAACUGUCCUUCCGAUCAAACUCCCUCUGUUGAUCCUGGACAAUGCUGUCCGCACUGUAUUCCUAAACCUGCAACCUGUGUGGCGUUUGGAGAUCCCCACUAUCGUACUUUUGAUGGUGCCGUCAUUCACUUUCAAGGAACAUGUCGUUACGUAUUGGUAAAAGAUUGUUUGACUGGAAAUUUUACAGUGGAAGCACAGAACAGUGACAGAGGAAUUGAAGGAGUGUCAUGGACUGAGGGUCUUACCAUUACAUUAGCAGAAGCAAUAGUUAAUUUAGCAAAAGGAUUGGUUGUAUCUGUCAAUGACAAAAAUGUCUCUCUUCCAUAUUUUGAAAAUCCCCAAUUAUAUAUAGAAAAGACAGGAAAUUCAGUUUUAGUUAAUACUGAUGUUGGACUCAAGAUUCUGUGGAAUGGUGACAGUUAUGCUGAAGUCAGCGUCUCGGGUGCAUAUCAAAUGCAUACUUGCGGCCUGUGCGGCAACUUUAACAGUUUCUCCGAAGACGACAUGAGACUGAGAUCCGGACAGAUAUCAUCAUCGGCAGCUGUAUUUGGAAAUAGUUGGAAGUCAACAGACCAAACUUCAUGUGUGGAUGUAGAAGAUUUUGAUCCAUGUAAUGUAGGAGGAUAUCGUGCCCGCAAAAUUGCAAAUACUAGAUGUGCAAUACUCAAAGGGCCUUUAUUUGCUCCUUGUCAUAAAUUAAUACCACCAGAGUUAUAUCAUGCAUCCUGUGUUUAUGAUUUGUGUGCCUGUUCCGAAAAUGAUGAUUGCCUUUGUGACAUUCUUUCUACUUAUUCUCAAGAAUGUUCUCGAACUGGAGUGGUUCUCAAUUGGAGAUCGGCAACUCUUUGUGCUAUUACUUGUCCUGAAGACCGAGGUCUGAUGUUUGAUGAAUGUGGGCCUGCCUGUGCAAGAACGUGUGAAAAUAAAGACAUGCCCCUAAAGGUUCUAGCAACUCAAUGCUUCAAACCAUGUGUGGUGGGUUGCCAAUGUUCUGCUGACAAAGUUCUUCAUCAGGGUAGUUGCAUUGAUCCAAAAGACUGCCCAUAAAAAAAAAUAAAACUGUAUUGAAUCAUGUCUGUGUUUGAUUCUAUUGGCAAUUACAGAAUAUUUUUGUUCUAAAUCUAAAAUUUCAAGCAAACAUAGAAAAAAAAAAUGAGGACAAAAUAUUCCGACUGAAAGAUUUAAAGUUUAUUUUUCAUCUGAAAUUCAGAAUAAACAAUAAAAAAUUUAUUUUUACAAACAGACAAUAAGUAUUGCUUAAAUUAUUUACAAGUAAAACCAAAAACCAAUUAAACAUUUCUAAACAACUAGUGUCACAGCAUUUAUAUAUAAUACUGAUGAUUGAUUUGAAGCAUUUCAUUUUGAGUAAAUUAAAUCACAGAGUAAAGUGCAAUUAUUAUAUUAU